AUGAUGAACGAUUAUCGCUUCGUCAGCAGCUUCUACUAUCCGACUAAAUCGACUCCGACGGCAUUUCAGAUAGACGGGCCAUAUUCGCAGCCGGUUUCUCCUGCUCAGAAGUCGUUGCCAAUCAACGUCCAGCAGAUAAAAAUGAACGAACGUGCCACCAUACUAUGGCUCACAGCACUAUGCUCAUAUUCUAUGGCAAAACUAGCACAUACGCUAGUAUCAGCAGAACCAGCAGAACCAUCAACAGCGAUAAGUUCAGAAGAUAAAAGCUUAGUUGAGGACCAUAUUCGAGAGAUAAGAGAUGCAGCAGUCGAUGUAAGAAAAAGGGAAGCAGAAGAACGAGUUCUGAAUAAAAUUCAAACAUGCGAUGCAAGCAACGCUCCAGGGCGAUACAUGAUCUACUGCAGUGGAAAACUGCUUGAGGCAGUUAUGGCUGUGAAACUUCACAAUGAUUCGAAGACAUUUGUGGACAGACCCAUGAAACCAGGACGUAAUGGUCCGGAUUUGCUCGCGCAGUUCGAAAAGCAAUUCCCUCAACCGGUAAACCAACUCCAAAGAGACGACGUGAAAGCGUUUGUGGAUGCGAAUUUCGAUGAGGAAGGACACGAGUUGAGAAGCUGCAAUCUCAGUGACUGGACCUCCAAUCCAAAGAUGUUCAAGCUUAUCAAAGAUGAUAAUCUCCGCACUUUUGCCCUCCAACUCAAUGACAUUUGGAAGGAACUCUGUCGAGAGAUAAAGCCAGAAGUGAAGGAAUAUCCCGAACGCUACUCGCUGAUCUACGUUCCUCAUCGUUUCGUAGUGCCAGGAGGACGAUUCCGUGAAUUCUACUAUUGGGACGCUUACUGGAUCGUCAAGGGCCUGCUUCUAUCCGGGAUGCAUGAAACAGCCAAGAAAAUGAUAUUAAACUUCGCUUGUAUGAUUAAAACCUAUGGAUUCGUACCUAAUGGAGGACGCAUAUACUAUAUGCGACGAUCUCAACCGCCAUUGUUUACUCCGAUGGUUUACGACUACUACGUAGCUACAAAAGACAAAGAAUUAGUCCGGGAUAUGUUGCCAGUCGUUGAGAAAGAGCUUAACUUCUGGAAGGCAAACCGCUCGAUAACGCUCAAUGCAGACGACGAGAAAAUCACCAUGUUCCAGUACAGAACUCCUUCAACUGUACCAAGACCAGAAUCCUAUCGCGAAGAUGUUAUGACCGGUGAAGCGAUUUCGGAUGAAAACGAGAAACGACUUCUUUACCAAAAUCUGGCCAGUGCAGCUGAAUCUGGAUGGGAUUUCUCUAUUCGAUGGUUUGCCGACAAACAAAAUCUUGCCACAAUCGAGACCACAAGUAUCAUACCAGUCGAUCUCAAUGCUUUCAUUUGCUACAAUCUUCACAUUCUGGGCAAUCUCCACGGUGUGCUUGGAAAUCAAAAGAAAAGUGCUACAUGGAUCGCAGAGUACAUCAAAUUCCGAAGACAAUUCCAAAAAAUUUUCUGGGUAGAAAACGCAACGGGAUGGUUUGACUAUAAUUUGAGAACGAAACAGCACAAUACCGACUUCUACGCUUCUAUUGCUGCUCCCCUGUUUACUCAAUGCUAUGAGCCAUUGAGUACGGAAAAGGCGGACGGAUUAUACGAUAAGUUGGAAGAAAUAGGAGUAUUCAGCUUUAGCGGAGGACUCCCAACGAGCUUACAAAAGCAGAGCACCCAACAGUGGGACUUUCCGAACGGCUGGCCUCCUCUUAAUCAUAUGAUGGUCGAGGGACUACGUAAAAGUGAUAACGCAAGAUUGCAGCAAAAAGCCUAUGUUCUGGCAGAAAAAUGGGUCAUGGCCAAUUACCACGUCUUCCAAGCAGACAAAGCAAUGUGGGAAAAAUACGAUGUGGUAGCCACAAAGCCACGUUUGGGUGGUGGAGGCGAAUAUGAUGUCCAGCCCGGAUUUGGCUGGACAAAUGGUGUUGCGCUCGAUUUACUAGUCAGCUAUGGUGACCGAUUAUCCACAGCAAAUAUAAGCGACACCAGGCAAGAAAAUAUGCUUAAGAAUGCCAUACUAUCAUGGCUUAUAGUAGUGAGUUCUUCCACAGCAUUGCCACCACCACAUCAUCUCAUGUCACCACAUUCUAUAGCAAAAGCAUCUGCACCUACACAUAAAGAAGAAAUGAUAGAGAAGGAACUUGGCGACAGACACAUAGGCGCUAGAGUAAUCACCUGGAAACCAAGGAAAGAAAAACUUGAUAUGGUCGAAGCAUGCGACGAGACUAAUGCUCCUAAACGCCACAUGAUCUACUGCAGUGGAAAACUGCUACAAGCAGUCAUGACAGUCAAACUGUACAAUGACUCAAAAUCCUUCGUCGACAUGCCUAUGAAGCCGGGAAAAGAAGGCGCGAAAUUGCUGGCAGAAUUUGAGGCAAAGUUCCCUCAACCGCUGAGCGAACUCAAAAAGAACGAAGUGAGAGCGUUCGUGGAUGCAAACUUCGAUGAGGACGGCCACGAGCUGAAAAGCUGCGAACUCAGCGACUGGACUCCAUUCCCAAAAAAGUUCAUGCUCAUCCAAGACGUCAGCCUACGUUCCUUUGCUCUUAAACUCAAUACAAUUUGGAAAGAACUCUGCCGUGAGAUAAAGCCGGAAGUCAGGGAAAAUCCCGAACGCUUCUCCCUCAUAUAUGUUCCCUACCAUUUCGUUGCUCCGGGUGGACGCUUCCGCGAAUUCUACUACUGGGAUGCUUACUGGAUCGUGAAAGGUCUUCUUCUGUCCGGAAUGGAAGAUACAGCCAAGAAGAUGAUACUGAACUUUGCCUAUAUGAUCAACACUUAUGGUUUUGUGCCAAAUGGAGGACGGAUAUACUACUUGCGACGAUCUCAACCUCCACUAUUCACUCCAAUGAUAUACGAUUAUUAUAUAGCCACCAAAGAUAAGGAACUCGUGAGGGAGAUGCUGCCAGUCAUCGAAAAGGAGCUCAGCUUCUGGAAAUCCAAUCGUUCCAUAGAGAUUACCGUGGAUGGAGAACCAAUCGUGAUGUAUCAGUAUAGAACGCCAUCAACAGUACCGAGACCAGAGGCUUACCGCGAGGAUAUUUUGACAGCCAAAUACGUCUGCGACGAGAAUGAAAGACGUCUUCUCUUCAAGAACCUCGCUAGUGCAGCCGAAUCCGGAUGGGAUUAUUCCAUCCGUUGGUUUGCCGAUAAUCAGAAUUUGUCCACAAUUGAGACAACGAAUAUAAUUCCCGUUGACCUCAAUGCUUUCAUCUGCUACAAUCUUCAGAUCCUAGCCAAUCUGCAUGGAGUGCUCGGUAAUCAAUACAAAAGUGCCGCAUGGACUUUAGAGUUCAUCAAAUUUCGAGAUCAAUUCCAAAAAGUUUUCUGGGUAGAAGAAGCCAAGGGAUGGUUUGACUACAAUCUAAGAACGAAGAAACAUGAUACCGACUUCUACGCUUCGAUUGCUGCGCCCCUAUUCACUCAAUGCUAUGAACCAUUAAAUACGCGCAAAGCAGACGAACUGUUCAAUAAGUUAGAAGAGAUAGGAGUGUUCAACUUCACUGGAGGACUUCCGUCAAGUUUGCACCAGCAAAGCAGUGAACAGUGGGAUUUUCCUAAUGGAUGGGCUCCACUCAAUCACAUGAUGAUAGAGGGUUUGCGUAAGAGCAAUGAUGCAAGGAUGCAACAGAAGGCUUUCGUACUAGCUGAGAAAUGGAUUUUCGCAAAUUAUCGCAUCUUCCAGGCACAUAAUGCUAUGUGGGAGAAAUACGAUGUUGUAGCUACUCAUCCACGCAUAGGUGGUGGUGGAGAAUAUGUUGUUCAGAAAUUGACUUUUAGCCCGGAUUUGGCUGGACAAACGGUGUCGCUCUCGAUCUACUUGUCAGUUACGGUGAUCGGAUAUCGAGUACAAACGCUACGAGGAUGUGCACUGUUCCUCAACAAGAGCAGUUUGUAG